CUCCUCCGCCUCCUGCGACCUUUAGGCAGCAGCAGCCAGGCCUCAUCCUGCCGCACAUAUGUGUGCACCAGGACAUGCCAGGAACAGGAAACACAAGAGAGUCAGCCAUCCAAGCUUCACAGGGCCCGAAUCAGCUGAACCCAUAUUCAGCCCACCGCUGCCUCCAAAUCUCCUCCUCCUCUCCUCCGCCUGCUGGGACCAGUAGGCAGCGCAUCGCCUGCUACUGGGACCUUUCGGCAGCAGCAGCCAGUGUGCACCAGGACAUGCCAGGAACAGGAAACACAAGAGAGUCAGCCAUCCAAGCUUCACAGGGCCCGAAUCAGCUGAACCCAUAUUCAGCCCACCGCUGCCUCCAAAUCUCCUCCUCCUCUCCUCCGCCUGCUGGGACCAGUAGGCAGCGCAUCGCCUGCUACUGGGACCUUUCGGCAGCAGCAGCCAGCACAUGUCACUGCAUUUUCAGCACCUUUCAUAUGCAGUGCAGUGCUGUUGCCCUGCUAGGCGCCCUCCUGUGGACAAGACAGGCAAUUGAUUGUCACAACCUUGAAAGGUAUAGAGAGCAUGGAAUGCCAUGGCUGCCCCAAGUGAUGAAGAGGAUUCCAGGGAAGACUGAAAAGCACACGCGGAACAAGGUCUUGGUGCUGGUCAGCUCAGUGGGACUUAUCAUGAAUAAGGAUUUUGUGUCCUAUGAGAAACUGAAGGACCUACUCCUGGAGCUGAAGAUGACACAGGCAGAGCUCCAAAAGUACAGGAUCCUUUCCACAUCAGUUUGUGAAAAAGUUUUCGGCUUCACUCUCUAUAAGCUCCACUACGAUAUCCUUUAUCGAAUGGGGAACCCAAAACCCCAUACGGAGAAAAAGUUGCCUCCAGAUCUUCCCCUGGAGAUGGAGGAAGAGGAUGCACCUGUACUUGAAGAGGAUGAGGAACCUGACCUAUUGCAGACGAGAGCUGUGUACAUGCCCGCUCAAACCAGCAGACACUGGACACAGCAGGAAGAGGGAUUUAUCAACCUUGAUCCAACAAUCUCCACUGGCGUGGCAUACAAGGAGUAUGUCGGACAAUGCAAAGCAGCAAGACUACCUGCAAGGUCGUACAAGGGCUUUGGGAGAAAGCGAAGAGACCUUCUCAGGAAUGAAUAGAAUACCUGUCUCCAGCUCUCCCUCCUAGGUCAACAAAGGCACCCAUCUGCUGCUGCUGCCCCUUUGAGAUGGCAGCAUCCUGGGAGAAACGGAACCUGCUUGACUUCCAGGUGUGAGAACUUGCAAGUGUCCAGAAUCAGGAGAGAUUGGGGGACCCACUUUAGCAGGAUCAUCUGUGAAUAGACUGGAUAGAAAUAAGUUCUUCUUCUAUCAGUUAUUAUUUAUUCUGUUCAUUAUAGAAUCAGCUACUGUUCUGCCAGACCUGAGAAACAUGUUCCCAGUUCAGUUCACAUCUUACUUACACUGACAACUUUGUUUUGGCUGUAUAUUUGUUUAGUUUUAUAUAUAUAUAACUUGUUUUACAAUUUAUCUACCAGGUCGCACUAAGACGAUGUACAUUUCAAUCUGUCAAGUUUAGUUCAUAAAUAUGUUUGUUCUGGGUAGAUCAUUGCUUGAGAAAUCUUCUUUACAAAAUGACUGUUGUGUACUAAAAGGGGGGGAAAAAAAAUAAAAUGUGUACUUCACAUUACGGUUGAAACUGGGGUUUUUUAAAAAAAAAAAAAAGUUAUUUUAUAUAAACAAUUUUUGCUCAUAACCAAUUAAAAAAAUAUUUUUUCCAAAACAAAUUCUUUGAAGAAAUGUACCUCACAUCUUCCCACCUGCUUUCACUGCAUAACAGCCCACACUAGUGAAACAAGACCCAGUAAAAGA